AUGCCAGUUCUUCAGUCGGCUGCUGUACCAGAAAACCUUGCUUCCAAGAAAACUUUGGAGGCUCAGCAAUUUCAACGAGAGUCUAUUCAAGCGCCUCUUGCACCAGCAGUUGGCGAGAAAACCGAGAAAAGAAAACGACCUAAAAAUAUGCAGGCGCCGGCGCCAGUUCCUUCGCCACAAGCUACUCCAUCAUCGGUUGCUCAGCCGUCAGUUAUUUCCGCGGCAGUUUUUCCACCGUCUGGUGCUCGGCCGCCAGUUGUUGAUCCGCCUGUUAUUGCUCCGCCUGGUCAUGCGCCACCUGUUGCUCGGCCGCCAAUUUAUUCUCCUUCUUUCUUUAUUCCAAUGAUUAAAAAAUUUAGCAAAGAUCAGCGAAAUGAAAAACUGAAAAUGCCCUUUAUCCAUCCAAAUUUCAUGCCAGUAAGCCAAAACGACAAGGACAAGUGGGGGAAUAAUAAUGCAGUCCUUCCGUCGGUUGUUGCACCAGGCCCAACUCCCAUUGAGCAAACUCUGGAGGCUGCGAAACAGCCAGAAAAAGCUAGUUCUUCAGCGGUUGUAUCAGCAAGCGACGAAGCGCAGCAGAGUCAGCAGGCUAAAAAAUUGAAGUUGUCAGUCAUUCCGCCGCAAUUUAUUCCGCCUCCAAGUUACAAUAGACCAGCAAUCAACAAUGUGAAGAAAGAUCAGCGGGCUGAAAAAUUGAAAAUGCCCUUUGGGACGCAAGUCAAUCCGCCCAAUUCAAUGCCAGUAAGCAAAAAUUCCAAGAAAGACAAGUGGGAUAAAAGGUUGAAGAUACAAAUUGUCACGCCGGGUAUGCCGAUAAGGGAACUUCCUAAGAAAGAUCUGAAGGCUAAAAUCUUGGAGACGCAAGUAGUGACAAGUCAAGCAAGCAGACAGACUUCCCAUCUAUCCUCUAAAGUUUCCGAAUUGGAAAAUUUAUCCGGAAAUUCCCACUCUUCUGUUGCUUUAGUUAGAGCUCAAGAUGCAUAUGCUUACUAUUCCCACCAAGCAUUAAGCUGGUUCCCGUCAGAAGUGAACCCAAAAGCUGCACGUGGCAGCAACACACUUGCGCGACUGUUUUUGAACAGUAUCGGUGAUCUCAAGGUAAUGGACACGCUAGCAAGGAUGCAUGGUUCAAAGAGGAUCAUGAUCCCAUUCACUUACGACUUGAUUGCGAAGGAUUGGAGAAAGGGAAACUGGACAAGAACCAAAACCCUUUGGGAAUUAUUCUGGAAGAAAUUGGAUGAAGCUGCGGAGAACGCUUCUGAGGAAGAGGUUCUCAUGGCAUUUCUCUGGAUUUCCGAUUACAUUGCCGAGACUGUAAUCCCUAGUUUGGACGGCUUUUAUACCUAUGAACAAAGAAUUAGACAAUGUGCCCUCCACUUGAAUAGUCGACAAGCCGCGCUGCUCAAAUAUAUGUCUAUUGGGACCGCUAAAAUUUACCAAAUGAAACCAGAUUACGCGGAUGAAGCAGCCGAGCAAAUUUUUAGGAGUUUCCUUUCUGACAGAGCAAGAAGCGGAUUCGGAAAUCUUGAACAUCCGGUAUUAAGUCAUCUCCAUAAAUUUGUAUUAAGAAAACUGGAUGGUAUUGCGGAAGAAAUAAUAGAGAAGGGAUGUUUGCCAGAAGAAAGAGUUGGUAAGAUGCCAAGGAUAAUAUCUGGAAGUGAUAAAGCCGACCCAGUUUUGUUCUUCAUGGGAAAUGAGAGAAGCUCGAUUGGGGGCUAUUCAAAGCAAACGCUCGUCGAAACUUCAGAUUUGGACCCAUUGCUGAGAGCUUUAACAGACAUGGUUUUCACAACCUACCAACAUCAACAAGAAUUUAUGUUUCAACCUGAAAGAAUCCAGAGGUUCUUUUUUGAGAGAAAUCUCUAUGCAAGGUCAAAUUAA